GUAGCGGCGGCGGCGGCUGCGGCCUGAGAGCGCGGCCGCUUUGAGGGCGCGGAAGCCGUGCUGAGCGGGGACUAGGGCAGGCAAGAGGGUGGGAAAACCGGCAGGAGCGAAGGGCGGCGCCGGUGGAGGGCGGCGCGUGGCUGACUCAUCCCUUUGGAAGCGCCGACCGAGAGACACAAACCCUCCCCGAGCCCGCCCGCCCGCGCCGCUCCUCCUCAACCCGGAGGCGCCCUCCCGCGCCUCUCGCCGGUCCUCUCCGGGAGCUCUCCCGGCCCGGCCGCCUCAAAGUUUUUGUCGUCGGAGAGACCGGAGCCGCCGCGGGCCUUUCGGAAGGGAACAGGGACGCAAAACGAGGCGAGAGCGGUCUGGGCCCGCGGAGUGCAUGGUGCCCGGCGCCUCGGCUGCCCGUCAGGAGGACAGCGGGGUGGGGUCGGCUGAGCCCUGCUCGUUCUAGCCUCGGCCUCCCCAGAGAUCGCCCUCCCAGACUGCCGCGGGGGUCCCCGCGCCCCAGCCCGCCAUGUCCCGGCUUCUGCCGCUGCUGAGGAGCCGGACCGCGCGCAGCCUGAGGCCGGGCCCGGCCGCCGCCGCCGCCGCCGCCCCCCGCGCGCCGUCCUGGUGCUGCUGCGGGCGGGGGCUGCUGGAGCUCGCGUUCCCUGGCGCCCCCCCCGGCGGCCCCCGGGGGCUGGGCACGCACCCCAAGAAGGAGCCCAUGGAGGCGCUGAACACAGCGCAGGGCGCGCGCGACUUCAUCUACAGCCUGCACUCCACCGAGAGGAGCUGCCUGCUCAAGGAGCUGCACCGCUUCGAGUCCAUUGCCAUCGCCCAGGCAUGCAGAUAUCCCAAACCUGAGAUUGCCAUUGUGACGCGAGGGAAGGAGGCGUCCUCAGCAGAGACCCCUGAUAGUUUUGAAAAAUUGGAAGCUCCACCACCCACCCCAGGACAGCUGAGAUAUGUAUUCAUCCACAAUGCGAUACCUUUCAUAGGGUUUGGCUUUUUGGAUAAUGCAAUUAUGAUUGUUGCAGGAACCCAUAUUGAGCUGUCUAUCGGAAUUAUUUUGGGAAUUUCAACUAUGGCAGCUGCUGCUUUGGGAAAUCUUGUGUCAGAUUUAGCUGGACUUGGACUUGCAGGCUACGUUGAAGCUUUGGCUUCCAGGUUAGGCCUGUCAAUUCCUGAUCUCACGCCAAAGCAAGUCGACAUGUGGCAAACACGUGUUAGUACACAUUUGGGCAAAGCUGUUGGGGUGACGAUUGGCUGCAUUCUAGGAAUGUUUCCUUUGUUUUUCUUGGGAGUAGGUGAAGAAGAUGAAAAACUGGAAAAGGAAAAUUAACCCUCUUAGAGUACCUAUAAAAAGAUGUAAACUAAUGUACCUCAAUUAUUAAAUAUUCUGUCACAACAUUUAGGAAUUAAGACAGUAACAGUGUAUAGAUAUGGGAUCAAAUAAUUCAGCAUGUAUUAUGGAAAACACUAACUUAUUGUGGCUUGGUUUUCAUAGGACAUCUUUUUUAAAAAACUAUUCAGUAUCAUUUCAUGUAAAUUGUUGAAAUGCUUUUUCAUCAGCGGCAGUCAACAUUUUACCUUUUCCUUGUCUUUCUUUAUAUAUCAAAAUAUCAUUUAAGUAUCAGUCAUUGGUGUAAUGUACUGACUUGGCAUUUGCUUAUUUGUUACUUAACAUGUGUACAUGCAUGAAACCAUUUUUGGUUGUUCCCUGUAGUUACAAGUCAACCUGAUGAUUUUUCCAAAUUACUUAAGAUGUUUAAUAUCAGUUGAAGAUUUUUUUUACUCUCUUUUUGGCAACCUCAGUUUUAUACUAUUUCACAGUAAACAUUCACAAUUAUAUAAUUUCCAUCAUUUUUUAACUCCUACAUCUAUUCAAAAUGGAUGCAAACUUUAAAUAUUUUACGUUUUUAUUACUCAUUGUAAUUUUCUGAUCCUACUGUCUCAAGAACCAGAAGUUAGUCAGAAUGAACAAUUAUGUGGUAUCCCUACUACAUAAAACUAUAUAUGUUAAGUGUAUUAUUUCUAAUUGAUUUUUUUUUACUUUUAAUUUCUCAAUUUUAAAUAAUUACAUGAUGGUUUCUGACUCCUGAGAGGAAAAAAAUGAUUAUUUUAGGGUAUUUUUAAUGGGGAUUGUGGAAUUAGGGUGAGCUAAGGGGUUUGACAUGACACUUAGAAAUUAAGAGGCUCAAAAACAUUUCUUCUUAGAGAAAUAGAAAACGGGAACUGUCAAGAAGGUUUAUGGUAUAAGUGGUCAAGUUGAAAUGAUGUUUGUAAGGGUUAAUGAGAUUCAAAUUAUAUUGUUUGAGAAAGAUAUUUUCCCCAAAAGUUUCUUUUCCUCUAAUUGAAUGAGUACUUGAUACUCAUAAUCCUAAUGUUGUUGUAUCUUGUUUAGUGAAUUUUAUUUCUGGACAGCUUCUUUUGAGGUGAAAACUAAAUAUUUAUAUUUUGCUUUUUGCUAUAUAUAGUCUAGUCAAAAGUUACAUGAGUUGAAAUUUUUUCUCCAUUUUUUGGUUAUUUUUCUUCUUUUGUGGUGUUUAAAUCAUACUCUAGGUUGCAGUUACUCAUUUGUAGUCUUGUAUAUCUGACUUAAAUAUAACCAUGUAUAAAUCAUAAAUUUUAAUUUUGUGAACCCUUAGAGUUUGUUAGCAUGUGGCCUGUUACGCGUGCUAGAAAAUUACUCUUACUCUUGAGAGUAAUUAAACACAUCAUGGAGGAGAAAAACUGAAAUUAAAAUUAUUAUUUGGGCCACUGAAAUUAUUUAUGUUGGUAAAUAGAUGCAAAAGAAGGGAAAUUUAUAAGAUGGCCAUAUUGACAGCUAUCUUACUUUAAAGUUUUAUUUGCAUAUAUUUACUUUGAGCCCUUGUUUUCAGAGGAGCGGUUUUUUUCCCCACAAGGCAAUUUGUCAUAAAUUCUCUUCUGUGCACUUUAAAAUAAUUUAGUGCUAUCCUUUAAUCAUAGAUAAUUUUGAGGGAAAACAUAAAUUACACAAUAUAAAAAUAAAUAUGUACCAUUCUUAUUAUGUGCAAGUAAUGUGACAGUCUCAUUUGAUCAAAUUAGAAUUAUAGAACUCGAUAUCUUAAACGGAAGUGUGGUUUGUAUCUUCCACAUAAUACCAUACACACACCAAUUUUUUAAUUAUUAUUAUUUCAGAUGAGAGGAUUAGAGUGCUUAUUAAAAAAAAUUUUUUUUGGUAAAUGUUUACGUGCUUUUGUCCCUAACUUGUAUAUUGCCGGUCUUUUCUGUUUUCUAAAAAAGCAUUUUAUUGUGGUGCUUAAACUUUCUUCUUAUUAAUUAAAUCGCAUAUCCAGAAACCUUGCCUAUGAGUUUAGAAAGGGCUUUUGAUUAUUGGCUGCUUUUUUUUUUGCUGUUGAAAAUAACCCAGUCCUACAGAAUCUUUUAGUUUAGCUGACGUCUACAGAAUUAUUAAGGGUGUUAAAACAUGACACAUAACAUUAAUAUUGAAAGAUAUUUUAUGGAUACAAUAAAAAUUUGCAUCAUUCAGGUUAGUACUUUUCAAAAACUGGAGCCCUUUUGUCCUUAAUCUAAGGCACACAUUUUUUCAAGAUCUUAUUCUCUACAUUAGUAUAAUGCUUUGCACAAAGUGAUUUCUGAAAAAACAGUUCCUUUUAAAAUAAUUACUUCAUAUAAUCAUUCAUUGUUUUAUGUAACUUGUCACAAGAACCUUAUUUCAGAUUGAAACUGGAAUUCUUAUUUCUUGUAUCAGCUACUUCUUUAUUAUGAGCACUAUAACUGGUUAAAUGCAACAUGAGCUUUUUUAGUACCGUUUGUUUGAAAUUCAUGUUGUCCAUGUAUUAUGAUUUAUUGACUUGUUGAUGCAUGUAAAUUGGGUGCAUUUUGUUGCCACUGUAUGUUAAAUGGUGACCAAUGUUUUUACAAAAGAAUUGAACAACAACAAAAAAAAUCUUUUAAGAAAUUUGGAA